AUGACACACGAUGAGCUGUUACAACGAAUCGACCACAUGGCAGAGGUAGUAUUCCCCGCAAUAAAAGAACGAACAGAACUCAUCACGAAAACGCAAAAAGAAAAGUUUGACAAAACUCACACAAUAGUAAAAAUAAAUACUGGCAGUUACAUGAUGAUAAGACUACCAACAAGAAGUAGCAAGCUAGCACCCGCCUACCAAGGUCUAUACAUAGUCAUAAGAAAAACCCAAGGAGGAUGUUAUGUACUUCAGGACGAAACCAGGGCUUUAAUGCCUAGAGACUAUCCACCAUCGGAUCCGAAACUCAUAUCAGUUGACGAAACCGCACUCGCUGAUGAACUUGUCGAAGUACAAGCUAUCAUCAAUCACAGAGCCAAUAUAGGAAGACGAGAAUACCUCGUACAAUGGAAAGGACAAGGCCCAGAAGAAGACGAAUGGCUCAUGCCAGAUAAAUUCACAAACUUAAAAACGAUCCAAGAUUACUGGACACGACGUGAAAAACAAGAAUUAUCCACAAUGGACAAAAUUGUACCGACGACUCCCAAAAGAGGACGACCACCUAAAAAGGUAUCCAAUAACGAAGCAGCCAACAGCGCUCCCAAACGCAGAGGCCGACCACCUAAACAACCUAAAUAG